CGGCUUAGUCAACGCUUUUAGAGGCGGCAGUUUUGAACGGGUCCGUCGGGCAGGAGGGCCGGUUAUCUACGUGGUCGCCCGGAUUGCAUUUCGCGAUGAUCGUCCCCUCUCUGGAGGAGCUGGACUCCUUCAAGUACAGUGACCUGCAGAACUUGGCCAAGAGUCUGGGCCUCCGGGCCAACCUGAGGGCAAACAAGUUAUUAAAAGCCUUGAAAGCCCAUCUUAAACACGAAGCAAGAAAGGAAAAUGAGAAUCAGGAUGAAAGUCAAAUUUCUGCAUCCUCGUGUGAUAAGACUGAGACCCAGAUUAGCCACCAGGAGCAAGCUGAGAGGGAGCCAGUUGGCCAUGUCACCAAAAUGAGGAGAAGGUACAGGACAGUCCACAGGACCCCUGACUACCAGGAUGAAGAAAAGCAGGAAAACCAGGAUCUCAGAACGGCUGUGGAAGUCCUUUCUUCACCAGAAAAGAGCCAAGGAGAUGAAAAUGUGGUUUCCUUAGGGAAAAGAAUGAAUGGUGUGCCAAGCAAUGAAGAUUCGAAGGUGCCUUCAGAAAGAAAGAAGUCUCUCUACACAAAUGGGUUUUCCAAACCAGGAAAGAAUAAAAAAACUACAAACACUACUCCAAACUUUAAGAAGCUUCAUGAGGCUCGUUUUAAGGAAAUGGAGUCCAUUGAUCAAUAUAUUGAGAGAAAAAAGAAACAUUUUGAAGAACACAAUUCAUUUAAUGAACUGAAGAAGCCUGUUACGAAGAGAAUGGUGACAACUCCAGUUCCUCUCCGAGGCAGACACUCUGGGGCUUGCACUCCCACCAGCCUGCGGCGCUCGCAGGGCCAGCCCCGGGGCGCUGCGGGUCGGAGCGCCUUGAGUGUGAAGGGGGCAGUCAGGCACUCCGCUCCUUCAGCAACUAAAAUGAAUGUCAGGUUUUCGGCUGCUACUAAAGAUAAUGAGCAUAAGCGCUCACUGACCAAGACUCCAGCCAGAAAGUCCCCACAUGUGGCCGUACCUGGGAGCACCCCGAAAGGGCAAACUGUGCUUGGGACACACAAACAGAAGACCACAAGAGGAGAUUCUGCUGCUGUUAUUACCCCAUUCAAGCUGACAGCUGAGGCAGCACAGACUCCAGUCUCCCAUAGGAAACCAGUGUUUGAUCUCAAAGCAAGUCUAUCUCGUCCCCUCAGCUAUGAGCCACACAAAGGAAAACUGAAACCAUGGGGACAAUCAAAAGAAAAUAGUUCUCUGAAUGAGCAUGUAAACAGAGUUAACUUCUACAAGAAAACUUUUAAACAACCUCAUCUCCAGACCAGGGAGGAGCAACGGAAGCAACAUGAGCAAGAACGAAAGGAGAAGAGAGCAAAGGUUUUGGGAGCUCGAAGGGGCCUCCCAUAAGGCUAAAGAUCAAUAAUAACAUACUAUAAAUAUUCCUUUAUUCUGAACCUCCCUUUUGUAAAUAUUUUAUACUGUUCUUCCCACUUAAGACUUUUUCUGCUUUGUUCACAAUAUAUGUAGUUUCAGUGGGUUCUUCACAUGCUAUGUCUCUGAAAAGACAUUAUUACCUUAAAGCUCACAAAUUCUUUGAAAUAUUUUUUACCUAAAUUCCUGCAUAACUCAGUUUUCUAAAGAGAUCUGUCCUAUAGAUUCUUGACCUAGAUUUUUAAUGUCAAGUUCCCUUUGCUACUCUAUUAACAGAGCUGCAGUCCUCUUCAAGGCAAAAGCAUUUCCCUUAUGGUAGCUAGUUAUGUCACAAGCUUUAAUAGAAAUGGAAUAACAAGUUAUGAAUAGGUAAGCUAGGAAAGGCCACCUCUUUGUCCUCUAGAGAAGCUUGUCUUAAUGAAACAGUGGGCCAUAUGGGUUGAUCAUGGCUUCAGUACUUUACCUGUGUGAUGUGUGUUAAGUUUAUAUGCAUCUUUGUUCAGAUCACUUCAUGUAAUCACUAUUUCUCAUUCAAUGUAUUAUUAAAAACUAGCUCAUUCUAGCGUUGCUUAUUUAAAAACACAUAGGGCCAUAUUGACCUGUAAGGGUUGCUGCUUUAAGGACUAUUGUGCUCUAAUUUACAUCUUACUCAAUUUAUGGAAAAUAGUUGAUUAGCAUCAUAUCCAUGUUUGUUGCACCUAAGUGGAGCUUCCAAGUGUUGUUCUGCUUAUGAUUGCAUAAAUAAAAUUUUUCUCAUGGUGAUUCA